AUGUCGUUAGCAGCAUCCCGCAACAGUCUACCACGCACAGGCGUCGCCGCGCUCCUAGCAAGACUGAAGACACCAGGAGAAAUACAGCUGCCCAAUGGUGCAAUAGUACCUAUCGGCAUGGGCGACCCGGUUUAUCGAGUCAUCUUCCGCUCGGAGCGUGCCCUGCGCACACCAAUGACGGAAAUGGGUGUUGGUCGAGCCUAUUUAGCCGGUGAUAUCGAGGUCGAGGGUGAUUUCGGGGCCCUGUUCAAUGCCCGCCAGAAUUUACAGGAGAAAGUGCCCCUGCGACAGAAAUUCCAGUUCGUAUAUGACUUUCUCCGAACCGCGACCAAGAUGAACGCCGAGGCUAUCGGCGAUCACUAUGGGCUCGAUGAUGGAUUCUAUCUCACGUUUCUUGACAAGCGGUUCCGGUUUUAUUCGCAGGGUCUGUUCCAGCGACCUGACGAGACAAUCGAAGAGGCCUCCGAGCACAAAAUGGAGACCGUGUUUGCUGCGCUCGAUCUGAAACCAGGCAUGAGGCUUCUUGAUAUUGGUGGUGGCUGGGGUGGUGUAACACAGUAUUGUGGUGCUCGAGGCGUGCAUGUCACGACGUUGACGCUCGCAGCCAAUGGCGCUCGUUAUAUCCAACGUGUUAUAGAGGAGAAGAAUCUCCCUGGUCAAGUCUUCUUGCAAGACUUCCUUGACCAUGAACCAGAGAAGCCAUACGACCAUGUUAUCAACUUGGGUUUGAUAGAGCAUAUCCCCAAUUACCGUCGUUUCGCACGCAGGAUGUGGGACGUGCUGAAGCCUGGUGGUCGCAUGUAUCUUGACGGCUCGGCGGCUGUUGAGAAGUUCGCUGUUAGCUCUUUUACAAGAGACUAUAUUUGGCGUGGGACACACACUUUCAUGACUCUUCAGGAUGUUCUUGCUGAGUUUUUAUACCAUGGGUUUGCGGUGUUGGAUGUUGUCAAUGAGACUCGGGACUACGAGCUCACAAUGCUGGAAUGGGCAAAGCGUCUAGACUUGGCUAAAGACGAUCUUAUCGCGGGCUGGGGAGAGCAGAACUAUCGUGUCUUUCGCUUGUUCUUGUGGGGUGGUACACAUGCAUUCAAGACCAAUGCCUUACAGGCUUACCAUUUAGUCGCGGAACGGACAUCCUCCCCUGGUCCACGUCCAUCUAUUCCUCGCCGCUUCCGUCAGUUCUUGGGAAACCUGCGCUGA